GGGCCAAAAACAUCACAAAAAACCAUCACAACCACCAUCGUCGCUCCUCAAUCAUGAGCUCCAAUUAUAUUACUCCCUCUGUUGCCGAGCCACCGUGAGCCUUCUCCAUAUACUAAACCCAUCUCUCUCUCUCUUUCUCCCUCCGCGGCCCUCCGCCGCCCCCGCCGCCCCUGCCGCCGCCUGCUACGUCGUCGUCUUAUCCUAUACAGCGAUAGGGUUUCGGUUUCGGUUUCCUUCAUUCGCUUUUUUUUAUUUUUUAUUUUCAUUUCCCUCACUUUCACACUUACCUGCUGCGGACCUGGCUGUCCGGUUUUGCUCGAAUUGCUUCCCCUCGGUACCUGUCUCUCGUGCUUCAGUGAGCUUGUACAGAUCUUAUCGUCUUCUUCAUCACCGUCUGGACGAGACCCUAGGUGUUCCGUCGCGCGGGGCCUGUUGCGUUGGCUCGGUCUUAGCUUUCUUGGAGUUGUAGAUUCGGAUUCGGUUUUUCUUCCGGUGUUAGAUUAGGCUUGGAGUUGUAGAUAAUUAGGUUGCGAUGGAUGGUUUUGGUAGCGGCGAGAACAGUCGUUUUCAACUUACCGGCUCGCAGGAUCUCAAUCAAUUAGGCGAUGGUUCGGCAGGGGGCACUGUAUUUGACGCAUCCCAAUAUGCAUUCUUUGGUAAUGAUGCUGUCGAAGAAGUUGAGUUAGGGGGAUUAGAAGAUGAAGAGGAGGAUUUGCCUCCUGCUGGCCUAGAGGAAGAGGAGUUUCUCUAUGACAAGGAAGAGGGUGAGGACUUAAGAUCUUUAUCCGAAAUUGAUGAUCUUGCAAGCACCUUUUCAAAGAUAAACAAGGUGGUCAGUGGCCCAAGAGUUGCAGGAGUAAUUGGUGAAAGAGGAUCUAGGGAAAGUUCUGCUGCUGCUGAGUGGGCAGAAGGAGAGGAUAACAUUAACUGGUUUCAUCGCAAUGUAGUGGACUCCGAUAGCACUUUAGAAGGCAAAAGAUGGUCAUCACAACCAUAUUCUUCCGCUCACAUUAUAGAGUCAAAGACUCUGUAUAGGACGUCAUCUUACCCAGAGCAGCAGCAGCAGCUCCAGCCUCAUUACUCAAGCGAACCAAUAUUAGUGCCAAAAUCAUCUUACCCUUCAUAUCCUCCAGGUGGAGUAUCGCAGCAUGCUUCCCCAAAUUAUCAUGCAGGCCACCUAAAUGUUCCUCAUCCUGCUGGUGGAAACCAAAUGGCAUUAUCUGCACCAAACCUUCCUCCUUUUUCCAAUUCUCAGGUCCAGUUGACCACUUUGCAUCAUGGCUCCCAGUUCGCUGGGAAUAUGCCACCUGGUUUACCUCUUGGUAGCCGACCACCCAAUCAAUGGGCCAAUCAGAUGAACUUGUAUCCUGGAGAGCAUGCAGGUCGAUUAAACAGUGGGAUACAGCAGCAAUUUCCUCAUCAAAAUGGGUUAAUGCCUCCACAAUUAAUGCCUCAACCACAACCACAAUCCCAGCAGCAUUGGCUGCGCCGUCCAAUGCAGCCGCCUUUUGGGCAUUUGUCAGGAAUGCAGUCCCAAUUAUUUAACCCCCACCUUUCUUCAUCUCCACCGUUAAUGGGCAAGUUUGAUGCGAUGUUUGAUCUUGCUGAUUUAGGUGAGCAAAGACUAAAAUUAGCUCAGAAAGGUAGACAGGAUCUGCGUUUUUCUCAGCCGGGAUUUGAUUUCAAUGGCCCGAAGAGUGGUAGUGGGUGGCCGAGAUUUAGAUCUAAAUAUAUGUCAGCUGAUGAGAUAGAGAAUAUCCUCAGGAUGCAGCUUGCAGCAACACACAGUAAUGACCCUUAUGUAGAUGAUUAUUACCAUCAGGCUUGUCUUGCUAAAAAAACUGUGGGGGCAAAGUUGAAGCAUCAUUUCUGCCCUACUCAUCUCAGGGAACUCCCUCCUCGAGCUCGCACGAACACUGAACAACAUGCUUUUCUCCAGGUUGAUGCUCUAGGGAGAAUUUCCUUUUCAUCAAUUCGGAGACCUCGUCCUCUUCUUGAAGUUGAUUCACCUAAUUCAUCUGGUGCGGCUGGCAAUACUGAACAGAAAGCAUCUGAGAAGCCCCUGGAGCAGGAACCAAUGCUUGCAGCAAGAGUGGCUAUUGAGGAUGGGCUUUGUCUUCUUCUUGAUGUGGAUGAUAUAGACCGAUUCCUGCAAUUUAAUCAGGCCCCAGAUGGUGGGGUUCAGUUAAGACAGAGGCGGCAGGUCCUACUUGAAGGCCUUGCCGCAUCACUCCAACUAGUCGACCCUCUUGGCAAAAACGGCCAUAGCGUUGGGCCUGCUCCCAAGGAUGACCUUGUGUUCUUAAGGUUGGUGUCUCUUCCUAAGGGUAGGAAGCUCCUCGCAAGGUACCUUCAGCUCCUUUCUCCCAUUGAUGAGCUCAUGAGGAUAGUUAGCAUGGCCAUUUGUCGUCAUUUAAGAUUUUUGUUUGGAGGACUUCCCACUGACCCAGGAGCAGCAGACUCAACAAAUAACCUUGCGAGGGUGGUUUCACAUUGUGUGCGCGGCAUGGAUCUUGGUUCUCUAAGUGCCUGUCUUGCAGCUGUGGUCUGUUCUUCAGAGCAGCCACCUCUUCGUCCCCUUGGUAGUCCUGCUGGAGACAGCGCGUCCCUUAUUCUCAAAUCAGUUCUUGAGAGGGCAACUGAUCUCCUAACUGAUCCUCAUGCUGGCACCAACUAUACCAUCACUAAUCGACAACUAUGGCAGGCUUCAUUUGAUGAGUUUUAUGGUCUUCUCACCAAAUAUUGUGUAAAUAAGUAUGACAGCGUAAUACAAUCAGUGCUAAUGCAAGCCCCAACGACAAGCAUGCCUGUUCUUAGUGCCGAUGCAGCUAAAGCUAUUAGUCGGGAAAUGCCAGUUGACCUGCUACGAGCAAGUCUUCCCCACACGGAUGAGGACCAGAGGAAGCUGCUGUUGGAUUUUGCUCAAAGGUCCAUGCCUGUAGUUGGAUUUAACAGCCAUGAAGGGGAGAAUGGUGGUCAAAUCAGCUCUGAGUCGGUGUUAAGUUAAUAGAAUGAUGCACCAGGGCUCCAACUUAUGUAUGGCUUUAGCGUUAUGGAAAAGCUGUGUGCAUGACAUGCUUCAAAAGGGUCUAUGUUCCCUCAUUUUUUCCGUAUUAUACAAGUGCAUCUCAAUAAGCCUGGACAGGAGGGAGCUGCAGCAAAGUAUGAAGUGGGAAUCGAGGGGCACUCUUCGUUCCCGGUUGAUUUAGUGCCGUUCAAGUACUUGUUUUUAGCUUCUUAAUUUCUUUUCUCUGGGGAGACUUUCCAGCAGUUUUAUGCUUGUACCGAACUUCAGAUUUGCUUUCUUUUUUCGGCCCCUUGAUUAGGGUAGUAGUUUCCAGUUUUUGCCAACUUAGGAGCGUGUUUUGUUGCUCUGUUUUGAGUUACGGAUGUGGGUCCUGGACAAGGGGUUUGGUUUUGUACAGGGCUGGUGUAGAAAGGUAUCCCGCGUUCCUGUACUAUUAUUCCGAGGAGGUGGGACGGGUUUUGGGGGGCUUUUAUCCUUUUAAA